CCUCUCUGAGUCAAAUUGAGAAGACGUUAGUGGCCGUAGCUUCUUGGGUCUGCCUCCACCCACUCUCUCAGCAGCCUCCUUUGAAAACCCGUGGUGAGAUGAAGACGUCUUGGCUGAGCGGAGCCGCCCUCGCCCUCGCCCUCGCCCUGGCCGUGGGCGUCCUCGCCCGCUCGACCGCCGCCUACGUCACGUCCUUCCCUGAGGAACCUGAUAUCGAUGGCACACUCAUCACCGUGGGCAUUGCCGUGGCCAAAUUCCUGGCGGGGCUGGUCCCUUACCCCGGCGUCUCCGCUCUCCUGCUGGCCAUUAUCCACGCCUGGGAGCCCAGACCCGAGGAUAAUUACUGGGAACACGUGAAGGAUAACGUGGCCCAGGUGUGCGGGGAUUUCGUCAAUGAGCAUAAUAUGGCUCAGGUGGUUGUGUACAAGAACGAUCUGCUGUCGCUGUUGAAGAAGUACGAGCGCGCGGGCGUUGAAAGCGACGGGACUUACCCCGACAAAAACACCGUCGCUGAUGCCAUCACGACGUCCAUCAUUUCCAACCGGUAUCUGGUGGAGGCGACGGAGAUGCCGUGGUCGAUGAGCGUCGAUUUCACCGAUAUCGCUGGCGUCCAUGUCCUUAUCUUGAAGGACGUAGCAGAGGCCUACAGCGAACCAGGAGUCGUGUCGAGGUGGUGGGUCGACUUGUCUCGCGAACUCAACCAUUACAUCGAGUACGGGACUUACCUCCAGGCCGAGACUAUGGUGUGGAGGGACACGAAGAUCGAGUGCUUCUUUGACGAGGCGAGCGGGGGAUGCCUGGCCUUCGAGUGGAUGGGGAUCGACUGCUACGAUGAAUAUGUGAUCAAGGACCACGUCUCUGGCUACCAGGAAAAAUGCAGCCAGCUCCACCCUGACAGGCCUGAAGAUGGCUCCUGCGUGAGUUUCUGCCCUCUGUACCAGCGCCACGUCGACCAGGAGUCCGCCCGCUGGAUCCACCACAACAUGGGCAUCGUCGUCGAAGAGUGGGCGGCACUGAAGCUCCAGGCGGACGAGAUGGCCCAGCAGGCGUCCAGGUACUACAAUCCCCGUACAAAGGACAACCAAGAGUAAUUUGGCAAAAGAAAAAAAAAAAGUUAUCUUCUCAAACACCAAGAUGGAAAAUUAUGUCAAUUUGCAAUGAUUUAAAAAAGACACUCAAAGUUGAAA